AUGUCAUCCAAGGGUGAACAUCAGGCGAUCCCAUUAUCGGUGUUGCUGAAGCGCGAAUUGGCCAAUGAAAAGAUCGAGAGGCCGGAGAUAUUUCAUGGCCAGGCUAACCAAAGCAAGAAGGGGGAGGAUUUUACUUUCCUGAAGACCGAAUGCCAACGGGUGCUAGGAGAUGGGGUUACUACAUAUUCUGUUUUUGGGUUGUUUGAUGGACACAAUGGAUCUGCAGCUGCAAUAUACUCUAAGGAGAAUCUCCUAAACAAUGUUUUGAGUGCUGUCCCACCAGAACUCAAUCAAGAUGAAUGGGUUGCGGCACUGCCGAGGGCUUUGGUUGCAGGAUUUGUAAAAACAGAUAAAGAUUUCCAAGAUAAGGCACAAACUUCAGGAACAACAGUCACUUUUGUAAUAAUAGAAGGAUGGGUUGUGACUGUGGCUUCAGUUGGUGACUCCCGUUGCAUACUUGAAUCUGCAGAAGGGGGUAUAUUUCAUCUGUCAGCAGAUCAUAGACUUGAAUGCAAUGAAGAAGAGAGGGAACGCAUUACGACAAGUGGUGGUGAGGUUGGUCGGCUUAAGACUGGUGGUGGUACAGCGAUUGGUCCAUUGAGAUGUUGGCCUGGUGGCUUGUGCCUGUCUCGAUCUAUUGGAGAUAUGGAUGUUGGCGAGUUCAUAGUUCCUGUUCCUUAUGUAAAGCAAGUGAAGCUAUCCUCAGCUGGUGGCAGGAUUGUUAUCUCAAGUGAUGGCGUUUGGGAUGCUUUAACUCCGGAAAUGGCUCUUGAAUGUUGUCGUGGGAUGCCACCUGAUUCUGCCGCUUCGCAAAUAGUUAAAGAAGCUGUGCAAGUCAAAGGACUACGAGAUGAUACAACCUGCAUUGUGAUUGAUUUACAACCUCCAGAGAAGACAACUCCUCCUUUGCCACCACCAAAGAAACUGGGUAAAGGGGUGUUCAAGUCCAUGUUCCGCAAAAAGAGUCCUGAGCCAUCUUGUCAAAUAGAUAAUGAAUACUCUGAGCCAGACGUGGUGGAGGAAUUAUUUGAGGAAGGAUCUGCUUGGCUUUCAGAAAGGUUGGAUACAAAAUACCCGAUCUGCAAUGUGUUCAAGUUAUUCAUGUGUGCUGUUUGUCAAGUAGAGAUGAAACCUAGAGAGGGUAUUUCAAUACAUGUGGGAUCAUCGAAUUCAAGUAAAUUGCGGCCCUGGGAUGGUCCUUUCCUUUGCUCAAGCUGCCAAGAGAAGAAAGAAGCCAUGGAAGGGAAAAGACCUUCAGGAGGAGAUGGGUCCCAAUAUAGCAGUGGAAGUGAAUAGUUGACUCUCCUAACCACUGGUUGUUUUUGAGCUGGUUGUGAUCGGGAGAGCUUUAUGACAGGAUAACCUUUGUUUGUUAUCCCAUGAGGAGUCGAGCAUUUGGACCAUCUUUGCCAGGCCUGGGUUCCCUCAGGAACUUUCUCCAAUGCUUCAUUGCCUCAAGUCGAAGAUCAGAGUUAGAGUUGUGUAGUGCAAUUGACAAAGCUGUUUCUAACCCAGGUGUGCUAGGCAUUGAUAAUUCAUGUGCAGUUUGAAGAAUUUCGGAGGUAAUUCAUACCCAUCCUGAAUAUGGUGAGUUGUAUACUGGUCCUUCUUUUUCGUAAAGCUAACAGCAAAUGAAAUCAGUCUCCAGUGUAAUAUUGUUUGCAUAGGAAAUUUGACAAGAACUCACUAGGGCUCAUAUAGUCAGAGAAAUUUUAUUGAUCGUCUAACUGUUGAGUUUGUUCAUGUAACAUUUAUUUGAUCUUUCCUUUUGAAGGAAGGUAACCUUUCAGGAUAUAAAUUUCAAUGAUUUUUUCUGUUCAAAGUCAAAAGUUUCUUU